AUGUCUAACAAAAAUUUUUCAAAACGUCCUCAUUACGAAAUUAAUUCAGACUUAGAAGAGAACACUCCUAAUGAAGAACUCAACUUAAAUAAAGAAAGCAAUGGAUUUCCAGAAAAAUCAAAUUCUGUUUUAAGCUCACUAGACGAAAAUGAUAAAAAAAAUAAAAGUGCUGUGUGGGACCAUUUUGAUAAAUUUGUAGAUAAUAAAGGUGUUAUAUGGGCAAAGUGUCAAUAUUGUUUAGGUGGCAAAUAUAAUAUGAGCAGUGGAAGUUCAACUGGUAACUUAAAUCGUCAUCUUAAGUCACAUCCGGAGAAAAUUGAUCCUAUAAUUGCGAAACAAGCAGAACUCAUGAAAAAAUUUCUACAAUCAGAUGAUAAAAUA